UCGCGAUGGCUGGCGAUUUACCUCCAGGAUUCGGACUGCCCCCGGGCAUGGCGAUGCCGACGGGCGGCGGCGGGUCGCCGUUCGAUAUGGCGAAACUCCGUGAAAUGCUCGAUGAUCCCGCGAUUAAGGAGAUGGCGGAACAGAUCAGUAGUGAUCCCAACUUCAAGGUGAUGGCGGAACAAAUGCAGGCGAACAUGGCGAACAUGCAAGCGCAAAUGGGAGCACUGCCGCCGGGGAUGGGCAUGCCGGCGGGCGGCAUGACGGGUAUGAUGCCGGGGAUGCCGGGGAUGGGCGGCAUGCCGGGGAUGGAUCAACCGGCCGCGAUGGAAGCUAUGCAAGGUGUCAUGCAGAACCCCGCUUUCAUGCAAAUGGCGCAGAAGCUCGGGGAGCAAAUGAUGGAGAACCCCGAGAUGAAGGCUAUGAUGAACACGAUGAACGACCCGGAAACGGCGGAAAAGAUGAAGGCGAAGAUGGAAGAAUUGAAGAACGACCCGGAAAUGAGUGAGAUUAUGAAAGAGAUCGAGACCGGUGGUCCGCAAGCGAUGAUGAAGUACUGGAACGACCCCAAGGUGUUGAAGAAGAUAAACGCCGCCAUGGGCGACGUUGCGCCGAUGUUUGGCGGCGGCGUGCCCGCCGAAGAGGCAGACGAAGAGGAAGACGAAGAAGACGAGGAAGAGGAAGGCGAAGAGGAAGAAUCCGUUCUCACGGCCGCUUCCGAGGGUGACCACGAGGCGUUGCAGGCGUUUUUGAAGGAGGGACAGGACGUCAACAUGAAGGAUUCAGAAGGACGCACCGCGUUGCACUUUGCCUGCGGUUACGGCGAGAUGAAGUGCGCCGAAAUCCUCGUCAAGGAAGGUUCGGACGUGAACGCGACUGAUAAGAACAAGAAUACUCCGUUGCACUACGCUGCGGGUUACGGUCGCGUUGAUCUCGUGGAGCUUUUGGUCGAAGGCGGCGCCUCGGUCACUUUGGUAAACAACGACGGCAAGUCUCCGUUGGAUGUCGCCAAGUUGAACGACCAAGACGACGUCGUCAAGGCGCUCGAGAAAGACGUUUUUCUUUAA